AUGAGUUGUGGCUGCUUUGGAGCCUCAACUAUCAAGAAGAAAAGGACUCCGCCUAAUACUCCUAAUGAAAUUGAUGGGUAUCCACUUGAUAAUAUUCUGCAUUUUUCUGAAAAAGACUUGAGAAUGGCCACGGAUAAUUAUCAUCCAAGCAAAAAGAUAGGACGCGGAGGUUUUGGCACAGUUUAUCAGGGAACCUUAAAAAACGGAAGACAAGUAGCAGUGAAGAGCCUUUCAGCUAGCUCAAAGCAGGGAGUUCGCGAAUUUUUAACUGAAAUUAAAACUAUAUCACAUGUUAAGCAUCCAAACCUUGUCGAAUUGGUUGGUUGCUGCGUUCAAGAACCUAAUCGUACAUUAGUUUAUGAGUAUGUGGAAAAUAACAGCCUUGAUCGUGCAUUACUAGGAAAUACAAAUACAAACAUUAAGCUAGACUGGGGAAAAAGAUCUAAUAUUUGCAUAGGUACUGCUAAAGGUCUUAAAUUUCUCCAUGAAGAAGUUGUUCCUCGCAUUGUGCACAGAGACAUUAAGGCUAGCAAUAUAUUACUCGACAAAGACUUUAAUCCAAAAAUAGGAGAUUUCGGGCUGGCUAAGUUAUUUCCAGACGACAUCACCCACAUUAGCACAAGAAUUGCUGGAACAACUGGUUACUUAGCGCCCGAGUACGCAAUGGGUGGCCAGUUAACCUUGAAGGCUGACGUAUAUAGUUUCGGAGUUCUAAUACUUGAAAUAAUUAGCGGACAAAACAGCGCCAAGACAAACUGGGGAGGCUCAAACAAAUUCCUCUUGGAAUGGGCCUGGCAACUUCAUGAAGAAGGAAAACUGCUGGAGCUAGUGGAUCCAGACAUGGUUGAAUAUCCUAAGGAAGAAGUGAUUAGGUACAUGAAAGUAGCUUUCUUCUGCACACAAGCAGCAGCAAGCAGAAGGCCAAUGAUGUCACAGGUAGUUGAUAUGCUUUCCAAGAAUAUAAAGCUUAAUGAAAAGCAAUUAACAGCACCAGGAUUCUUCCAGGCUUCAGGAGAAUCCUCUCUAAAGAAGUCAUCCUUUGAGUCCACAAGCCAUCAGUUUAGUUCUGUCCCUGCUAGUUUUACUCAGGUCAGCCCGCGGUGA